ACUGUACACCAUAUAUUAUGUACGAAUGAUAAUAAAAUUACUAAAAUAUUGACACACGUACAUGAUUGGAGAGAGUCAUAAGCUACUUUUCUGUUCUGUCUGUUAUAACUCCCCACAUAUUUAUAACAGGGGUGGAAGUUUGUUUGCUACAUCCUGAAAAUUUCUCAGGAACUACUGGUCAGAUAUUAAAAAUUAUUUUUAUGUUGAAUAGUGUGUUUAUCGUUGAAUGCUAAAAGCUAUAAAAUAUCAUGCUACGAUCAAUAGGCGCCGGUCAGAGCGGGUUAAACAUCGCGGAAGUAGCUAUACUGAAGAUUUUGUCGUUUGAACGUGCUAAUCUCAUAAAUUGCUGGUUCGAAUUGGAUAAUUCUUUUGUGUUAGAUAGUCCAUUUAUGGAUGAAGACUACAGGUUAUAAAACAUCACACUAUAAUCAAUAGGAACCAGUGAUAGGAACAGAACAGGUGAAACCGCGUUACUAUCAACUAAUAUACCUUUGUGCUUCGAAUGACAAAAAAAUGAUGUCAUGUGAAUGACAAAUUUUUAGUACAACUGUUUUCCGCAUGUUUAGAAAAUAAUUGUUUGUAUUUCAAGUUUGAAUCUGUUACAAUGAUUUAGUUAAAAAGUUACAAACUCUGUUCACAAAUUCGAAUGAAUUUUAGACGUAUUUUGUCGAAAAGUUCUUUGAAGUCUUCGUCAUCUUCGGAAAAGAGUCAACCGGAAGAGGUCAUAAAAUUACAAAGUGAAAUUGAAUUACUAAAACAAACAAUCGAUUCUUUGAAAGUCUCAAUAGAAAGUAGAGAUGCGGCCAUAGGUACACUAGCUCGUGAAAAAGAGAAAAUAUAUGUUGAACUCAAAAGUGCUCAAAGAACAAACAGGAACUUACAUCAACAACUUGUAGAUGAAAGGGACAUACAUUCUAAGGAAAAAGAUUUUCUCAUAAAUGAGAUUAAGAGAUUGACCAAAAGAAACGAGAAUGAAACGAAUGCUCAAGAUAAUAGAGAUCAAUUCGAAGAUCAAGUGAAGAGUGCAAUAAGCGACGAGUUAAAAGCUAGAGAUGAAGUAAUUUGUAAUAUUGGUGCUAAGUAUUUAAAAAUUAAAUCAAGCAAAACACUUUUCCAAAAAAAAUUUGAAAAAUUGCAGGCUCAGAAUAAGAAGACAUGUGAAAAUAUUAUAUUAUUGCUACAAGAUAAUAGAAAAACUUUGGAUAGUCUUUUAGACAAGUUGCUUAAAUCAUCUUCGAUCUCUCCGAACAGUCGAAAAUAUUUAAAACUAUUGCAAAUCAAUGCCAGCUUGCAUUACGAAAACACUCAACUUAAAAUAUAUUUAUCAUCUAAUCAAGAUCGUACCAGCAAUGUAACACAAGAGCCCUCUAACAAAUAUUGCCCCAUUGGUAAACAAACAACUUUUGGAACCAAAUCAGAGGAGAAAAUGAACCAUCUUUCAAUAAAUUCAAUGAUGAAAUUAUUAAACGCCCAUGAAUUUGAAAGUCUUAAGAGUUUCAAAUAUAUUCAUAGAACUUUUUCUCCAAAUAUUCGCGGUACGAUUUAUAGGUCAGUUUCAGAUUCAUGUAUCGUGAGAUCGACUUUAAGUGAAUUAUGCUAGUAUUAUAUUUGAAAUGGGUAAAUGUGGUUUUAUUUCAAUACCUGCAACUUAUUAUCAAAUAUUCCAUUUUAUAUUGAUUUUUUUUCUA